AUGGCUUUGUCUCUGGCGCUGUUUUUAUUUUUUGGGCUAUGCUAUCUGGCCGCCUUUGAAGCUGCUCACCCACCACCCCCUAGGGGUCAACCAGGGCUGCCCGAAAAAUCUUCGAUUUACUUUCCUGUGGAAAAAGACAUACUCUUUCCCGACUCCGAUAAUGGUUCUAACGAGUCGUCGGAGAAGAUGUGGUAUCACAUAAAUGACUUUAGAUACGGAGGCGAGGAGAAUCGGCCCAAGCCUAAGCCCAAGCACCAUCCUCCGCCUCCGAAACCAGGGCAACCCUUUCCACCGCCACCCUGGGGCUUCAAAAAGAAGAAAAACCAGCGCCGUCGCAUAUGUGAAGAGAAAUACUCACAGUACGUUGAGCAGAUCUUCCCCAAUGACACGGCUGUGGCUGCCGACGCAAAUGACGCGGAUUUUGAUGGCCGUAUACUGGUCAGACCUGGUGAAUACCCCCAUAUGGCAGCCGUGGGCUUUGAGGCUGGCGGAGGUCAAGUCGAGUACAAGUGCGGCGGUAGCCUGAUAAGCGAAAAUUUUGUACUAACCGCUGCCCAUUGUACUUCCAUAUACGACUUGGCCCCCAAAUGGGUGCGCAUCGGGGAUCUAAAUUUGGUCGCCGAGGAGCGGAAUGUGGAGCCACAACUGAUGCGGAUACAGGAAAUAAUCACGCAUCCCGAUUACAACAAAGACUUCUACUACUACGAUAUAGCCCUGUUGAAGCUUGAGAGUAAAGUUGAAUUAACGGUGUACGUCAGGCCCAUACGCUUGUGGAUUUACUCGGAGCUGCCAACAACAAUUGCAUUCGCAAUGGGAUAUGGGGCAACGAGCUUCACCAAGCCCAUGACGAACCGUCUCACGAACCUCAAUCUGACCAUAGUGCCGAAUGCAGAGUGCAACCAGGAGCUGCCGGCCCUCGCGGAGACCCCUAAUGGCGUCCUUGAUAGCCAGAUCUGCGGUCAAGACUACAAUCUCAACAGAGACACUUGUCAGGGCGACUCUGGUGGUCCUUUGCAGCUUAAUCUUCCUGGUCGCCGACGACGGCACAGAAUCCACUAUCAUCUAAUCGGUAUCACCUCGUAUGGGGUCUUUUGUCGCAGUAAUUAUCCAUCCGUUUACACCCGAGUGUCCUUCUACUUGGACUGGAUCGAACAAACGACAUGGAGCAAUGACUAG